GUCCAGUAGUUGUCGAAAAUAUGCCGAAAGCCAAGCGCAAAACGGUGGCUAGGUCAAAAGCCUCUACAAAGUCAGAAGCCCCUACGAAGUCAAAAAACCCUACGAAUUCCAGAGCAGUUCCCCAUAUCAAAUCCCCCUCUCAAUCAGACCGCGUAUACUUCCACGAACCUUCUGAAGAACACGGCUUUCUCUCGCCCUGGUACACCUCUCACUUCACCAUCAAAACCGAAGACUACGAAAGUGCCGCACAAUACAUCUUAGCGGAAAAAGCGCGAGUAUUCGGUGACAAGAAAGCACGUCAGAGGAUUCUGGAAGAACAUGACGUCGAAGUUCUCAUGACUCUGGGUGAAAAUAUCAAAGGGUUUGAUGAAAAGUCGUGGCGCCGUCGUGUGAGUCGGAUCGCUAAGACCGCGAAUAUGCACAAGUUCCUCUCGGACGACGCCGAGAGUCGGGAUCUACUGCGGCAGCUGAAGAAACUCGGUACACGAGAGUUAGUUUUCGCCGACCCAGCGGAUUCCGAUCUUGGGAUAGGGUUUAGUGCUGCUGAGGCUACAGAGGUAGGCCACGCGCAGUGGGGUGCCAAUGUGUUCGGGAAGGCGAUCGACGAGGUGAGAAAGACGAAGGCAUGGAAAGAUCAGAAGGCGUCGGAACAAAGAGUGUUUGAUACCUCGAUCUUCGAUGUGGGUGGGAGGCUGAGUGUUUACUGGUAGAAGAAGAGUCUUUAAGCAUUUCUUUCCUACUGCGAACUUCGCCGGGUUUUCAGCCUCGUUCGUCAUGCAUGCAUUGAAAUUUGUUAUAAUACGUCUUUCUGUGCGUUUGCUCCGUAACGUCGCCACUUCACACAUAUCACGGG